GUCCAAUCUAUCACAAUUAUUAACCAUCAAAUUAUGGGAAGAGAUCGAGUUUGAUCAGUACUCGAGCAAGUCAAAGCGUAACUGGGAAAUAGAGGAACAGAAGUUACGAGAACUCCAAGCAUUGCCUCCACUCAGUAGAACCGAUCCUAGUAAUAUGAAUGUUAAAAGUUUACGAGAUCUCGAUUUGCAGCAACAGUUUUGGGAUUACAUCAUGAAUAGAGUAACGCGUCUUCCUUCCUUCCUUUUCAACAAACUAGUCUCACUUUAUUUAGAUGUGGAACUUGGAUAAACCUGAAUGUAAGGAAAGCUGGGAACCUAUUGUCUUUGAUUUUAGAAAGUUAAGAGAAGGUAUCAUUGCCUCCUACUGGAGUAACGGUGAUAUUGGGUUUGCAAUACAAGUAUUUGAAUGGUCAGUUAAUGCAGCACUAAAGGCACAAAACUUUGAAGAAAUGUUUAAAUGUCUGAGAGGAUUGGUAGAUGAGCUCUAUCCGCUUAAAGAUAGCGCUAAAAAGACUUAUUUCAUCGUACUUGAUACCCUUUAUUUUUGCUGUUACCUUAAGGAUAUGAAAGUCGUGAUGAAUCGAUUGGAAUUGAUGAAAGAUAUUGAUACAAAAGAAACCAAGUUUGUCAAGAAGCUCAUUCAUUAUAUCUUUGUGUCUGAAAACCCUCUAAAGUACUUCGAACUCUAUCAGCAUGCACCCUAUCUAACUUACAAGGUGAUUAUGGAGCACUAUCACGAUACAAUCCGAACUAGGGCGAUAAGGACACUGAGAAAGGCUUAUCUAUCCGUGUCUCUUGAAUGGGCAAAAUGCUGGUUAGGACUAGAGCAGGAAGUGGAUGUUGUGCCAUGUAUCAACAAGCUUAUACCUUGCGUUGAUCGCGUUGAUGUCGAUCGUCAAAUUGUGUAUUUCAUAAAGAGUAUUAGAAAGAGACAUGUGGCGACCAAUGGUGCACAAAGGACUCCCACAACCAGCCCAAAAAUGGCAGCUACGUCAACUGCGCAAGCAGCAGAACCAAGUACAAUGCCAAAUUCGCCCAUUACAUCUUUCACCCAGUCAACAAGGGAACCCCCCGAGAGAUCCUAUGCAAGGCCAAUCAUGAAUACUCCACAACAACAAAAGGUGCCAAGUAUACCCAGUCCAACAAGAAACAUCAAAGACGUGAAUGAACCAACUGUGAUGACUGAUAGCGAAAAAAUCGCGCUUUAUGAAAAAAAGAUGCGAACCAUAUUGGAUACUCUAAGUUCAGACGAUUGGAACUGAUGGCUUCUUGUAUAUCUUUUCUUGUUUUCCCUGCUUAUGAGCAAUCCAUCUUGCUGCUGUGAACAAGAAAUCACUUAACCUGUAUUUAUUACACAUUAGUAACAAUAACAAUAACAAUAAAAGUUUUCUUUAUGUUUGCCUGUUUAGAAAUAUCAACACUGAGUCAUCACAUAUUUGAGCUCGAGACAAAGGCUGAACAUGUCUUUCUGCACGUCUGCAUACAGAUCGAGCAAUGUGCAAACUUGCGCUUGCCUUUCCCCCAGAGGGCAAUAUGAAUUGGGUGAGUCUGGGCAAUUCGGUAUCCAUUUCAUCGAUCCAUUCCUCUAAUUUGUUUACAUGAACCAUAUCAAAUGCUGUACGAU